AUGGGGACUGUUGGCGCGGGAUCAGCAGGAUCUGUGGUGGCAAAUAGAUUGUCAAAAGACCGCAGUAUAAGUGUUUUGCUUUUAGAGGCAGGAUCCUGUCCUAGUCUUAUCUCAGAAAUCGCAUCCUUUCCUGCGGAGUUACAGAAAACAAAAUAUGAUUGGAAAUUUAAAACAGUUCCUCAAAAAAAUUCUUGUUGGGGACUUAAAGAUCAGCGUAGCUCCUGGCCUCGAGGUAAAGUUUUAGGUGGAAGCAGCAUUCUUAAUUCUAUGAUGUACGUAAGAGGGAAUAAAAGAGACUUUGAUCAAUGGGCUAAAGAUGGAGCGAUAGGUUGGAGUUAUGAUGAAGUUUUAUCUUAUUUCAAAAAAUCCGAAGAUAAUCGAAUCACCGAGUUUAAUAAAAACGGUUAUCACGGCAUAGGAGGAGAACUGACUNCAAAAUGCAUAUUAGACAUAUAA